AUGACAGAAAAUCAAACAUGGGUCACAGAAUUCAUUCUCCUGGGAUUCCCACUCAGCCCACUGACUCAGGUGUUCCUCUUCGGGCUCUUCUCCCUGUUCUAUGCCUUCACCCUGCUGGGGAACAGCACCAUCCUGGGGCUCAUCUGGCUGGAUUCCCGACUGCACACCCCCAUGUACUUCUUCCUCUCCCACCUGGCUGUUGUUGACAUAGCCUAUGCCUCAAAUAAUGUCCCAAAGAUGCUGGCGAACCUUCUGAACAAGGAAAAAACCAUCUCCUUUGUCCCAUGCAUAAUGCAGACCUUUUUAUACAUGGCUUUUGCUCACACUGAGUGUCUCAUCUUAGUAAUGAUGUCUUAUGAUCGAUAUGUGGCAAUUUGCCACCCCCUACGUUACACUGUCGUCAUGAACUGGAGAGUAUGCACGGUUCAGGCUGUAAUUUCCUGGGCAUGCGGCUCCCUGCUGGCCCUGGUCCAUGUGGUUCUUAUCCUGAGGCUGCCCUUCUGCGGGCCUCAUGAAAUCAACCACUUCUUCUGUGAGAUCCUGUCUGUCCUCAAGCUGGCCUGCGCUGACACCUGGCUCAACCAAGUUGUCAUUUUUGCUGCUUCUGUGUUUAUCUUAGUCGGGCCCCUCUGCCUGGUGCUGGUGUCCUACACGCGCAUCCUGUUCGCCAUCCUGAGGAUCCAGUCCGGGGAGGGCCGCAGAAAGGCCUUCUCCACCUGCUCCUCCCACCUCUGCGUGGUGGGGCUCUUCUUUGGAAGCGCCAUUGUCAUGUACAUGGCCCCCAAAUCCCGCCACCCUGAGGAGCAGCAGAAGAUCCUUUCCUUGUUUUACAGCCUUUUCAACCCUAUGCUGAACCCGCUGAUCUACAGCCUGAGGAACACCGAUGUCAAGGGCGCCCUGAAGAGAGUGCUGUGGAUGGAGAGAUCAAUGUGA